ACGCGUUGGUGAAGUACAGCAACGGGGUUGCGUGAUGACGUUUCAACCGGUUACGUUUCAACCAAUCAGAGGAGACGUCGCUCUUGAAGCCUAAAAUUCAAAAGUGAUAGCUGUUGAUGUUAGCUGACUGUUUUGCUAGCUUGGUUUUUAACACUGUGAUAGAACUUCUGAACUAAUUAGCGCCUUUUUUUUUUUUUUUUUGCUUUUUUCAAAACAUGGAGUUUAUGAACGAAGAUUUAAAAAUGUACUUUUACGAGAACAGGUUAGCUUCUUAUUCAGGGUGGCCGUUUGAUGAGGACUGCGCCUGCACGUCGGAUAAUAUGGCCAAAGCUGGUUUCAUCCACAAACCCACUGAAAACAGUCCGGAUGUGGCCCAGUGCUUCUUCUGCUUUAAAGAGCUGGAGGGUUGGGAGCCUGAGGAUGAUCCUCUCAAGGAACACAAGUCUCACUCUCCAACUUGCAAUUUCAUUCUGCUGAAAAAGCCAGUGGAGGAGCUCACAGUGGAGGAGAUUCUGAAGCUGCAGAAAGAGAGGCAAAAGUUCCACAUUAAAAUGGCCUGCAGACAAGUAAUUGAGAAGUUUGAGGAAGCAGCAAAAUCGAGAAGAGGUGACAUUAUCAAACUAGCCAUGGAAGGCUGAAUGGAGAUUUCUGUCUUUUCCUCCUAUGAUUGCUCUUUUGUUAUCGGUCAUGGACAUGGUCCAAAGCUCCACUACCAUCCUUGUGUUUACUAAAAAAAAAAUUUAUUAAGAGAAUGACCUUAUUCUUCACAACCUCUUUAAUGCAGUUUUAUAUCAACUCCCCAUGAUUACAGAGGUGGAUUCAUACAGCCUGGCUAAGUUCCUUCUCUAUAUUCAUGAUGUUGCAUGGAUAAUACAGCUAGAUACUGUAAUUGGAACUGAACAGUCCCUUAAGUUUAAGUUUUUGUCUAUGUUUUCCUAGUCUGUAAUGACAUGAAAGCUAUUAUGACUUGUCAUAUCUUUUUAUUUUAUUUUAUUUUUUACAAAAGUGUCCUUCAAAAGUUUCACAUUUGUCAUAUAGUAGCACUUCAGUACAUUUGCACAUUUUUUUUUUCUGUGAUUGCGUUAUUGUUUGUGAUUUUUAUGUUUUUGUGAUUUGCAGCAAUAAAUGUUACAAAAUGUUUUGUUUGGUCGGUUGGUUGUUUUUGUUUUGUUUUUUGCAUUUUUAUUGUCCCCCCCCCCUCCCCCGUCCUAAUUGUGGAUUACUAAUAUAGAAGCCUAGCUUCUAUAUUACACAAACAUGAUCAGAGUUCCUUCUUGGCUAUUAUACUGGGCUUUGAUGUGGACACUCUUCUCAUCAGAAGUUGGGGAAAAAUAGCUAAAAUGCAUAAAACAAGAUAGUUAAUGUGCCAAAAAUGGGCAAAAUUAAGAUUCAGUCUUAAGCGUCAGUCUACAGAUGCUCAUGAAAUAAAGAAGACUCUUCAUAGCCUCUCCACCACUCUGUAUAUUUCCUUGAAGCUAAUGGAUUAAUGCAGUCCUAAACUAUAAACUAGUUGGAAUGUUUUGUUAAAGAACAUUCAAUGGUAGAGAUCAGGGCUUUUCAAACAUUUUUCUACCAGGGACCCCCUCAGUAUAGAUUUACUAUACUAUCCAAGUAUUCAAAUAUUAGGCUCAUCAUUCAAAUGUGUAGCUUAAUAGGUAGCACUCUAUUGGACAGGUACCUGCAUAGUUUCUUUAUAACAACACAUAAGCUCUGCAUAAAUAUUUUAUUAAAGCAAUGUGGGGGAAUUUAUGAAAGGCUUAUAUCAUAAUGGGUACAGUAAUAUUGGAGGUUUUGUGCAGGUUUGUCUUUACAGGGAAGAGAGAACAGAAACCAGCAAUUAUUGUUAUGAGGUGACUGAUUAACAUACUCUGUUACUUAAAAUGCACCUAUUAUGGUUUUGGAACAUGCCUAAUUUUGUUUUAAAGGUCACACACUAUAAAAAAAAAGAUUCAUUCUAAACUCCUCUUUUCAGAGAGCAUACUCUG